AUGCGGAAUAAUUUUCUUAGAAUAAAGAUAAAAGCUCAACGAUUAUCAAAUUUAAAAGUUCUUUAUUCUUCUUCAAAAUUUCCUAUCGUGUCAAAUAGUAAUUUCCGAACUUUCAAACCUCCUCCAAUGUCAAAUAGUAAUUUCAAACCUCCUUCAAUGUCAAAUAGUAAUUUCAAACCUCCUUCAAUGUCAAACAAUAAAUUCAAACCUCCUACAAUAUCAAAUAGUAAUUUCAAACCUUCAAAUAGUAAUUUCAAGCCUCCAAUGUCAAAUAGUAAUUUCAGACCUCCUCCACUGUCAAAUAGUAAUUUCCGACCUCCUCCAAUCUCAAAUAGUAAUUUCCGGCCUCCUCCAAUGUCGAAUAGUAAUUUCAGACCUCCUCCAAUGUCAAAUAGUAAUUUCAAACCUUCUCCAAUGUCAAAUAGUAAUUUCAAAUCUUCUCCAAUGUCAAGUCCAAAUAGAAAUAAAUAUGAUAAAUAUGAACUUAGUAAAUUUCAUAGAUUUAGUAACAAGAAUAAAUUGAAUAAACCAUCUAAUAAUAUGAAUAAACCAGAUAAUAAAUAUAAUAAUAAUAAUUUUCGAAGUAAUAUAUAUUUUCCAGUUACAAGAGAUAAUAAGAAAUUGAAUAAAACAGACGAUAAUGAUAAUAAUGAUUUCCGAAAAAGUAAUAUUUAUUCUGCGGUUAUGAGAGAUAAUAUAAAAGUUAUUAAAAAAGAAGAAAAAGAAGAGCAGACUGAAGUGGAUGAUUUAAGUUUAUUCGAAGAUACUGGAUAUACUUCUUAUGUUACUGAUUUGCCCGAAAUUUUUGAAGAAACUGAGAAUGUUGUUGAGAAUGAUGAAAAAGUUAUUGAAAGUGGUGAUGGCGUUGUCGUUGAAAAUUCUGAAAAUUCUAAAAAUUCAUCUUCAAAAAAAAAGAGGAAAUCUCAUAUAAGCCCAAAACUGAAUAAAGAUGAAAUACAGAUUGUGAUGGAAGGUUAUAAGGAUUAUUAUAACAAAAAUUAUUGUCAGAUUAAUUUUGCAUUAUUGGAAGAUUUUCCAUCUUGGCUCAAUGGAUUGGGUCUGAAACCUCUUGCACCUUAUUUCGAAGGUUUAGGAUGGCGAGAAAUAAUAGAAUUUUCAUGGCAUGAUUUGGAGACUUCGGGUAUAACCAAUUGGCAUUUGAGAAAGAGAUUGUUAAGACAUUUUUAUUCUGUUAGGAAAUUUUUGGCAAAAGAAAGAAAAAUAAGACUUCCUGCAAUAGAUUUCUCUAAUUUAGCUCUAGUCAAAGGGGAGAAUGAUUUAGAAGAAGAUUGGUAUGGACAUAUUGAUAUGGGAGUUUUGAAUGAUACUGAAUGUUUCCUUCAUUCACUUGGCGACGGACUUGGAAAAUUAGUUCCAUACUUUUAUGGAAUGAAAUGGCAAGAUUUAUGUCAAUUGAGCUUCAGAGAUUUAUUAGUAUUACGUAUAGAUAAUACAGGUACCAGGAAUGGUAAUAAGAAAGGAAAAACAAAACCUCGAUUUGAUGCUAUGAAAUUAAUCGAAGAUGCAGAAAUAUCAUUAAGACAUAGUUUAAUAAAUAAAGGUAUGAAUAGUAUUAUAAAGGAUAAAAAAUUUAGGUACCAGGAUUUUUGA